UGUGACCAGUACAAGUGUAAUGCAAAUCUGGAAUGCUCUGUCGAACCAAAGGAAUGUGUAAAAACAAUGCCAUAUAUUGAGAUGGAUUGCUAUAUCGCGAAAUGCAAUGAAAAGACUGGACAAUGUGAGAACAGAUUAAGUUGUGAUACAUUCUCUUCAUGUGGAGGCGGAGCAUCUGGAGAAUCAAUCUGUUAUUGUAACGCGACGACGAACAAUAAAUGCUUCUGCGAGAAGAAAGAAGGCGAUAACAAUUGCGAUAGCAAUAAGAACGAAAUAUGCGAUUACACCCAAGACCCUCCGAAAUGUGUUGUAUCGAGAUGUAAGGAGGAUUUGACUAUCUCUGGGUGUCAAUACCAGAAAUGCAAUGAAACCACUGGAAAUGCAUAUUAUGUUGACAUUGAAUGCACUGAAACAAUAAAGGAAGUAGAUAGCAGAUGCAAAGACAUGUUUACUUAUAUCUGUAUGGAUGGAAAGUGCGUUGUAAAGGCGGUUGUAUCUGAAGAUGAGCUGAAGGUAGAAUGUGGGUACUGUGAAUACAACUCUGUCUCAAAUAGUGUGGUAUAUAUUUCUAAUUGUGAGAAGACACAAAGCAGAUGCGGAUCUUUUGAAGGAAAAUGCAUCGAAGGAAAAUGUGUCUAUCCACAAAGUGUAAGUGCUGAUCCAAACGUAUUCUGUCUUAAUUGUACUUCUCUUUUGUGUGGUGGAGAUUUGGAUGUAUACAAAUACAGUUAUAACGAGGUGACAGGAUUGUGUAGCUAUUCGUUAAUUAGUCAAGUACCACAAUGCUCUGUCUGCUCGGAACAAAAGUACACUUCAACUUGUAAAGGCAAAGAAUUGGAAAAAACUUGGACAUCUGAAGAGGGAGUCUCGAUGAAAUACAAGAUACCAAAGGAUUGUAAGAACGACCAAUGUAUCCCAAGAUAUCCCCUUACAUGCCAAGAGUAUGAUCUAUUUGGAGAGAUAUUAGACACGUUUGGAAACUGCAGAGAUUAUAUGCGUGCUUCAUACCAUUACAGCAGCAAAUUUGAUACAUACAAUUUUGCAUAUGGAUAUAAGCAAAGUGAAAUUUUCAUGGACGAGGCUGACGAAGAGGCGUAUUGUGAAUGGACCUUUGAAAAAAUCAAUUGCAAGAAAUGUGUUUCCCACCCCUCGAAUGGCAGUUUUGAAGAUAUAGAUGAGUGCCCCAAGAGAGAAAAUGGUGUUGACUAUAUCUGUUUGAACAAUGAGUGUAUUGUUGACCCCGACUUCUCCUGUCCAGUCGAACACUGUGUUGUCAAGAAAAUGAACGAAGACAACUCAUGUGAAUUUUUGUAUGAUAUGUGUGAAGCCAAUGAACUGAAAGUUGAAGACGCCAGAAAGGUGCAAAGCGAGAAAUACGACAAAAUCGGGAAGACGAUGUCAUGUGCGAAUAUUGAAUGUCUUGGGACCCGCUGCCCGGUAUUUGCAAACGACCAAAUGUGUCAAAUUAACGAAGGUGAACAUCCGGACUAUGGUUGCAGAGUAUCGCUUGAGAGGUGUGAUACUGCGAAUGAGGUCUACUGGUGUAAAUUUAAAUCAAUUGUAAAACCGGAAGAAGACAACAAAUACUUCCUUGAGAGGGACAAUGUCAAAUUGAAUAACAAGUGCUUCAAUUACUAUUGUGAGGAGAAUUGUACAGGAGAAGGGAAGAAUUUGACCUGUGAACACCACUGGAAAAUCGAUGAAAGCAUCUCAAAUGCAAAUCCACAACCCAGAAAUCCGUGCGAAGACGCAACAUGUAACGCAUUGACUGGAGAAACUGAAUACGCAGAAAAACCAUGUUUUGUCAGUGAAGAAUUCCCAACUUUGACUGCAAAUCAAGCAAGAUGCUUCUACUGCAAGUGUUCAUAUAUCGAUGGAUCACCUUCACUUAUUAUGUACGCAGAAACUGAAGACGAACAUUAUGAAUUGGAUCAAUGUGGGAACUGUAAGGUGAUGAAUCAAUCAGAUAGAACACAACAACUGAAUCAAAAGGUGGAGUGUGUGUUGAGUGCGGAAAUGAACUCGUCUGGUGCUAUUGCCGCAGCCACUACUGUUGCUGCUGUUGUUGCGGCGUUGGUUAUUGGAAUGGUGGCAGUCUCUAUUGGUAUAUUCAAUACAUACCAGUUGAUCACCUCUGCUAUGAAGAAUGUUGUGUCAGUAGCCGCGGAAAAUCCACAGUUCCAGGCUGCUGAAAAUGUAGCAGAUAACACCAACUUUAAUGAGUAG